AGGAGCCAAACGGACGGCCCUGAUUUCACGCAAGCACUCCUGUCCACGCCAACCCGAUGGAAGCCGAUCCCCAAAACUGAAGCAGAGAACCCGAUCGGAGCAAUCAUGGACGCCCUCACCCGCCUCCACCGGUCGCUCGCCGGCGGCGACGACGAAGAGUGGCAGGAGGACGACAUCCUCGGUGAUACCGAAGGCCUCUGCUCUCUCUCCCCUCUCCAGCGGCUCUACGCCUUCGCGGCUUGCUUGGUUGCUGGACUCGCCCUCAUGAUGCUGUCACUUAUUGUUUUCGCCAGACCUAUCAAAUUUGCUCUCUUGUUUACAUUUGGAAACAUAAUGGCAGUUGGCAGCACAGUCUUUGUAAUGGGGGUAAAUAAACAAUUGAGGAUGAUGCUUGACCCAGUUCGUGUUUAUGCAACGGCUAUUUAUGUUGGAUGUGCUGUUUUUGCUCUGAUUUUCGCUCUUUUGAUUCAUGACAAGCUGCUAACAUUGAUUGCAAUCAUAUGUGAGAUAUGUGCGCUCUUCUGGGCUGUUGAAAGUGCUGUACACAAUGGUGCAGGCAGCAGAUAAGGGUGAGUAAUCAAUAGCCAAACCUUUUGUCGAGAGUAAGUACUAAUAAGUAGUGCUUCAAGGAUCCGGAAGCAGAAAUGCAACUGGAGUUACCAGCUAAACUGGCAUGUAUGAUCGUGUGGCCGUCGCGUUUUCGUUGCUGAAUCAUGGCAUGCAGUUCUCAUGUGUCCUUGGAACUGCUUCUUCUUGUAAUCAAUGUCCAGCAGCAGCGUGUAGUAGGAUAUGGUAUCUCAGUUUGAACCAAAGGGAAAAUAUGACAUAAUGCUAUAUUUGAACACAGAGCUUCAUUGGAUUGGACCAUGCAAUGAUGCAAACUUUGAUAUAGCACUUAAAAAUGUGUAGCGGUGAACGUAGGUGCGGGGGUUUUUGGACACUGUAAAAUCUCCAACCAAUAAAACAGUGCACUGAUUGUAUCUCUAUUUCCUGUUCUUUCCCCUUUCAGUCAACUGACAGAAUUACCUAGUUUCAGAAGAAUAAUAAGGCAGAAUUACCUGACCA